UUAUCAUCAUGUAUCGCCGACUUCGCAACGACUCAACGGGCUCCCCGCCUCCGGAGCUCAGCACACAAUCGCUGAGCCCUGUGGAUGCGACGACGAAGAGCACAAAUAUGGCAAAGCAUAUUUUGAGCCCGAUUGGAGUGAACGAGGGAGAGAUAUUGGCAUAUGAUGUUAAUGUGACACAAAAUUAUACAAAAUCAAGACAAGCUGAUGUUAUUAAUCAAACAGUAUUCGAUAAAACGUAUCUAUUCAAACCUGAAUAUUUAUCACUUACUGGUAAAAUCGCGUUCCAUUUGAAAAGUAUCGGAAAAUGGAAGCGAAAAGAAUGGAUUCAAUUCGCUAGAGGAAGGAUUCCAAUAACCAUGUGGCUCCCCCGGUACACAUGGAAAUCCAAUUUUCUUGUGGAUUUUCUUGGUGGACUUAUGGUGUCUGUGUUGAGUGUGCCGCAGAGUCUGGCUUACGGAAUGCUUGUUGGAGUCCCACCAAGCUACGGCCUAAUCACUGGAAUCAUCGGUCCAAUAAUCUACGCGUUAUUCGGAACAUCCAAACACUCAUCUCCUGGAGCAUUUGCAAUCGUCUCAUUAAUGGUUGGAACAGUUGUGGAAAGCUUUGGAGAUGUUGGCUCAACAAAUGGAACAAUCGAUUCGAAUGUUGAUCUACUUUGCUGUCGAGAGAAUAAGCCACGAGUAUCUGAUGGAGAUGCGAUCGGAAUUGCAGCAUCUGUCACGUUGCUCGUCGGACUAUUUCAGAUAUUGUUCGGAUUGUUGAAUGCUGGAUUGUUGGCUGUUUGGCUGUCAGAUCAAUUGGUACAAGGACUUAUUUCGGGAGCGGCUGUGCACGUGUUGACGUCUCAGCUGAAAUCGAUGACUAGAAUCUCUAAUGUACCACCGACAAGUGAACCAUUUCAGAACGUAGUGGUACAUUUUCUCACUUUGAAGCUCAGAUAAACUGAACCACGCACGAAACGCCUAAACCCAGACAGGAGCCUGUCAGCGCCGUUGUGGUUUUCACGCGUUGCCUGCAUGGUUCAAAGCUGCCGGUGUGGUUUCCUGCAGGCAAAGCUUGAAAACCACGCAAGCGUCGGCAGCAAACCACGCAGGUAACGCGCGAAAACCACACAGGGGCUGGCAGGCUCUGAGAGGCGAAUGGAUUGGGGUUUUGAAGAAAUGCGGGUAGAUAGCCUUGGAGGCGAAUAGUCGGAGGUCGCCUUAGAGAAAAUAUGUAGGCUGCCUUGUAUGUUGCCGAAAUAUUCGUAGGUCACUUUACGAAAAUGAAGAAAAAAGUAAGUAACCUUGAGAGAAAGCAAGUAGGCUUAGGUUUUUUCACCGUUAGGGCAAUCAGGUAGAUACAGUGUCUAUGAGGCAAGCGUAGGUGGCGGGCAAUAGAUGAAGGUUGCCUCGAGAGGAUAAAGGUAGGCAUAAAAAAUAGGCAUGGCGAAGGUUGCUUUAGAGCCAAUCAGACAGGCGUAUCUUGCUUUGAAAGUAAGCAGGUAGGCGUUGAUAACCGUGAAGGUUGGUAGGCAACCGUAGGUUUUCUUUGGAUACAGAGAAGGCAGGCGAAAAUUGCCUAGAGCGCAGGCUUAGAUUUCCAUGAGGGUAAGCAGGUAGACUUUUGUUACUUUGUAGGUAGGCAGGUAGGCGUAGGUAUAAACGCUAUAGUGGCUAAUUUUUCUUCCGUAUAAAAUGUCUUUUUUCCAGUUCUACAUGUGCUUCUUCAAGCAAAUGCCCGACGUUGACUACGCUUCGAUCAUAAUUUCGGUGAUAUGUGUCGUCCUCUUGCUCAUCUCUACACUAGUCAUUGAUCCAUGGCUCUGCAAGAAGGUUCCAGUGAAGUUUCCGAUGGAGCUGGUUCUGGUGGUCAGCAUGACACUGACAGUUCAUUACACGCGGAACACUGCCUACGAGUUCCAAAUCCCGACAGUUGGACAAGUGACAAGUGGAAUACCUGCUCCAGUGAUUCCGCCGAUGAGAAAUGCGUUUGGAAUGAUGGGCUCGGCGAUGUCAAUUGCAAUAAUCUCAUUUGUGAUUCACAUUUCGCUUUGCAAGUUGAUAUCGAAGAAGCUUCAAUACGUUGUGAACUCGAAUCAGGAAUGGUUUGCCUUGGGGCUCAUGCACACGACAUCUUCAUUUUUCGGAUGUUUCGCUGGAGGUUCAUCACUCGGAAGAACGAUGAUGCAAGUGAAAUGUGGAACCAAAUCUCAGCUAUCGACUCUCAUCACAUCCAUUGUGCUCAUCAUUUUUGUGUGUGGAGGAGCUGUUGGAUGUAUUCAGCACUUGCCGAAACCGGUGCUCGCGUCGAUUGUGGUUGUUGCGAUGAAGGACUUGUUCAUUCAGAUUUUCACUUGCUUCGCGUUGAGGAAAUUGAGUUUUGUGGAUUAUCUAAUCUUCGCUGCAACGUUCAUCUCCGUAAUCGUGCUAAAUGUCAAUUUCGGCCUGCUCAUUGGUGUGGUAUUUGAGUUGCUGACAGUGGUUCUAAGAUCUCAAUGGGCGGAUAGUUCAUUGCUGGGAAGGAUCACAGGAACCAAUCAUUACCGUCGUCUUGGACUCUAUGAGACAGCCAAUGAUAUUCCUGGAAUCAAAAUUUUCCGGUUCGAUUCUCCAAUAUAUUUUGGGAAUUCCGAGAUGUUCGUCCGGAAGAUUCAUCAAGCAUGUGGGCUUAAUCCCCUGAUUGUCCGAGGAGAGCUGGAGACGGAGAACAAGAAGAAGGACGCGAGGAAGGAAAAGGAAGAGGAAGAUGCGGAAAUACCGAAGGAAACGGAAAAAGAGACGAAGCUCGAAGUGACAACUCACCAGGCGAAAGUGCUCGACGAGAAGCAUGCGGAGCCGGAACCCAAUCCCGCCGAUCAGUAUGAGAGGCUCACCCAUAUUAUCAUUGAUUGUUCUACAAUUAUAUAUGUGGAUUUGAUGGGUCAAGGCGCGCUGAAAGAUGUCUACAACGACUACAAGACAAUCGGCAUUUCGGUUCUUUUUGCAAAUACUAAUGAACACGUUCGCCAGAACUUUGAAACUUCGCAGUUCUUCGAAGAAGUACCCCGGGGUCGAAUGUUUGUCAGUGUUUCCGAUGCGGUUGACCAGGCGGAGCUCGAGCAACGACACAAGACCGAGACAGUUCAGACAACGGCAGCUCCGAAAGCAACAGUAGUUCCACCAGUGGCCAAGUCCGUCGGCCAGAAGUCUGUUCCGAUUACUGAACCUGUACUCGUCCCCAUACAAAGUUCAGCGUCCUUGGUAACUGGAAUCGAUUUCUCGAUGAAAGAGAACACGGCGAAGGGUGGUAAAUUCCCAAAUCCAACUCGAAAGCUUCGUGUUCCGAGCAAGCUUAGCCUCAUGGAAGAAUUGGAAAAGACAGACAAGACACAAUAGGAAAUUUUUGAUCUGAAUUUAUUUAAAUAAAAUUUAUGUAUUU